CAAGUCAAAACGCCGAGCGGGAGAGGAGUCCCCGGGCCCCGCUCCCAGCGGGCGGCUCUGCCUCCCCUCCGUUCCUGCGCUGGUGGGUCUUCCACGGCAGGAACAGACAGACAGAGACACUUUUCAGGCCUCAAGAGGCGCCUCCCGUUCUCCGUGGGAUCCACCUGCUGCUUCCCAGCUGUUUGCCAGCCCUGUGGGCCCUUCCCUGGGACGGGCUGGUUUCCCCUCGCUUCCUCUAGCCCCUCAGAUUGGGGGGUUUGGGAUAACUGGGAUGAUGAGGAGGAAGAGGAGGAAGUAAAGGAAACAGAGGUAAAACAAGAACCGAAGGUUUCAGAAAAAAAGAAAAUAGCAGAAAAAAUAAAAGAAAAAGAAAAGCUACAGAAGAAAAAGCAAGAGGAGCUCAAAAAAAGGUUAGAGGCACCAGAGGAGCACAAAGAGCUCACACCAGAAGAACAGUUAGCAGACAAACUACGACUAAAGAAGUUACAAGAGGAGUCGGACCUGGAGUUAGCAAAAGAAACAUUUGGUGUAAAUAACACUUAUGGAAUAGAUGCCAUGAAUCCCUCUUCAAAAGAUGACUUUACGGAAUUUGGCAAACUACUAAAAGAGAAAAUUACACAGUAUGAAAAAUCAUUACAUUAUGCCAGUUUUUUGGAAGCGUUAGUUCGAGACGUAUGUAUUUCAUUGGAAAUUGAUGAUUUGAAAAAGAUCACGAAUACUUUGACAGUACUAUGCAGUGAAAAACAAAAACAAGAAAAGCAGAAUAAAGCCAAAAAGAAGAAAAAAGGUGUUGUGCCUGGAGGUGGGUUAAAGGCUACUAUGAAAGAUGACCUGGCUGAUUACGGAGGAUACGACGGGGAAUACGUACAAGACUUUGAAGACUUCAUGUGACAUUUAUCUCCCUUUCUCUUGUCUUUCUGUUGCCCAUAAUCCCUUAAACAUGUAGCACAACUUUUCUUCCUUUAAAUUCUGCCAAAUGCUACAAUCAGAAUUGCAGUAUCUCUGUGCUGGGGGUUGAACUCCCCAGGGGUGGGGGCGAAAGCCCCGCUCCCUCUCCCGCCUCGGGGGAGGUAGAAUGCAGACACUUAAAGCUACAUAAAUUGCAGUUAAAACCCCAAAUUCUGAUAAUGGUAACUGUUGCUAUUUAAUUUUAUAGUAACAGCCACUAAAUUGGAGAUGAAUUCAACAGGGCAAAGUAUUUCUCCCAGCACAGCUCGUUGACACGGCCUUAACUGUACCCCGGGAAGGGCCCCUGAACAGGAGCAGUUUGCAGCAAGGGCUUGGUGUGCACGUAGAGUUACAGUCGCUUCGUCUUGCGUCACAGCUUGAGGUUUUGGGUACCUUGGGGAGGGGAACUGCUGACUUCAGCCCCGGGGCGCUGCGCCCGGGCACCCACCGCUGGGAGAGACACCCCGACACCACCGGUGGGGCAGAACAAGGGAAAAAUCGCUUAUUGGAGAAAAAACACCACCAAAAAAGACUUGUUCUUGAGUAUGAAGUUUAGUUUCCACUCAUCUAAAUUUCUACUAAUGCAGCUGUAUGGGUUGGGUAUUCUUUAACAGUUAAUUGCCUGGUUUAAGUGUUAAAAAAAAACAAAAAAAACCAAAAAAAACAAACCCAAGACUUCCUUUUGGUCUCUCCUGGGUUGUGGCAGAUCUUUCACGACUCAGCCAUUUUCUUUCAUUUAAAAAAAAAACAACAACAAAAAACUUGCUUAGCAAACUGCAACAGUUACUACAGUUGGGCAAAUUGUUAUGUUAACAAUUAUGACAUCUGCAAUGUUUUAUAAAGCAACUAAUUUAAUAAAAAUCACUAUUGAGGACUUCA